AACUUGUUCUUCCGGGUCAAAGGAGGAAAGUAUGACAGUUCAAUUCAUUCUUAGCUUAGUCUCUUAAAAACGUAAUCUGCCUAUGGUCUGUUUCUUUGUUGUGGACUCCGUUUUUACCGCUAGUUUUAUCACAACUCAUCACAAGCGAGGUCACCUGUUUCAGCAGGUCAGUAAAUGAGAUGGCAGCCAAUGGAGCUAGUUGCGAACAACCACAGAAGCGAGUAGGAGGCAAACGGAAGCACAAUGGAAAUUCUACAGACUCGUCGGUUAGCGAGAGGAGACACAAGGACAGAGAGGAGCGCCUGUCUGUGGUGCUGUGGAGGAGACCCGUGGUCACCCUCCACUACUUCCUACUGGAAACCCUCAUUACACUGAAGGAGUGGACGUUAAAGUUAUGGCGGCGAAAGGGGUCAGUGUUCCUUUUCCUGGUGUUGUGUUCGCUGUUCUCAGUGGCUUACUCUAUAGAGGGAGCUCAUCAGAAGCACGUGCAGCACCUGGAGAAGAGGUUCCUGUGGUGUGCCUACUGGGUGGGCCUGGGCAUCCUGUCCUCUGUGGGCCUGGGGACCGGCCUGCACACCUUCCUGCUCUACCUGGGUCCUCACAUCGCAUCGGUCACCCUGGCGGCGUACGAGUGUGGUUCCACAGACUUCCCAGAGCCCCCCUACCCAGACCAGAUCAUCUGUCCCCAAGAGGGGGGUGUGGAGGGCAGCGUCUCCCUCUGGUCCAUCAUAUCCAAGGUCCGACUGGAGGCCUGCAUGUGGGGAGCAGGCACGGCCAUCGGGGAGCUGCCCCCCUACUUCAUGGCCAGGGCGGCCAGGCUGUCUGGGGCGGACCCGGACGAUGAAGACUACGAGGAGUUUGAGGAGAUGCUGGAGCAGGCAGAGACAGCCCAGGACGUUGUCACCAGAGCAAAACUGGGUGUCCAGAACAUGGUGCAGAAAGUCGGAUUCUUCGGUAUCCUUGCCUGCGCUUCAAUCCCCAACCCUCUGUUUGAUCUGGCGGGCAUCACAUGUGGGCACUUCCUGGUUCCCUUCUGGACCUUCUUUGGAGCCACACUGAUUGGCAAAGCCAUCGUCAAGAUGCACAUACAGAAACUGUUUGUUAUCAUAACGUUCAGCAAGCACAUAGUGGAGCAGAUGGUGUCUCUGAUUGGGUCUGUGCCCAGGGUGGGUCCGGCUCUACAGAAGCCCUUCAGUGAGUACCUGGAAGCUCAGAGGAGCAAGCUGCACCACCAGGCUGGAGAAGGGACACCCGCGGGUGAAAACUGGCUGUCGUGGGUGUUUGAGAAGGUGGUGCUGGUGAUGGUGUGCUAUUUUGUCUGCUCCAUCAUCAACUCCAUGGCACAGAGCCAUGCCAAGAGGCUGCAGCAGCAAAAGUACUCUGAGGAGAAAACCAAGUGAUAAGACUGGACAACUGUCUGUACUGCUGGGGGGCUGGCCCUGGGUCUGGGUCCAGCUCUGGGUCUGGGUCCGGUCCUGGUCCUGCUCAGCCUGGCCCACACAAAACUAAAACCUCACCCCCUUUUCAUCCUGAAAGGAGCCAAAUGUGCGGAACCAGCACGGAGUGCGUUUUCUGGAGGAUGUGCGUUUGUCCUUACACAUAUUUUGUCGUUUUUCUUCCCUCAUUUGUUUGUACUAGUGUGCUUGGUUAAUCGGCUGAUUAAUGGUGGUGUGUGUAAUUCUUACUAGGAUAUUAAUUUAAUUAACCCUUUCAGUAACUAGAAAGUUCCAGUCGCAGCUGGAUGUCAACAGAAUUUAGUUUGCAUCCUGUCAAUAAUAACUAAUAAAUAAUAACUGUCCUUGUCAGUUAUUUAGAGACUGCAAGGGCUUAUGCAACGUGGAGGGGUCCUUUUCCCAUUGAACACAGUUCUUAACCGCUCAUCUUGACUGUUAUUUAAUUUUGUUACGGUAUAGCUGGAUUUUGGGUCAUACAUAUGUGUGGACUAGAUUUGUAUGCUGGUGAGAAAGUUCAGGGUUACAUUUUCCUCAUUCUGUUCUGUCUUGUCGUUCAGUUAUGGAUCAUCUGUCAUUUUAGUUUUGAGGGAUUUGUCAAGGAGAAUAGCAAUAUCAAGUUGGAUCAACGUGGUGUUGGUGGUUUUUGCACAUCCUGUAAAUAUUUUUUUUUGACAGUAUACACAUAUACGUAUAUGUAAAUGGUCUGGAAAAUAUCUUACCUUGAACCAAAACAGUACAGAAAAAUAGGAAAAGGAAAUAUCAUUUGUAACUUUCAGUCGGCUAACUUGUAAUUUUAUCCUGUACAUCUAGACUGCAUCUUUAAUCAAAACGGAUAUAAACUGCCUAAAAUAAUUUCUCUCGUUUCCAUGUCUGAGUUUGUCUUGUUUUGUUUUCCUAUUGCAGAGUAUGAUGGAAGUAAUUGUUUUUUAGUAAAACUUUCCUCACUUUAUUCAGUGGUACUGUAUCAGAAUUACUACUUUUUAGAUUGUACUAUUAAGACUGAAGCAAUGCUUCAAACCUCUAUUGAAGAUUGGAACAUCUAAGGUAAGUGUAAAUACUAAGUUUGAACUCCAUAGUUGUACAAAUCAAUUGUGUUAAUCAUGUGUAUAAGAAAUCAAAGUUGUAAAGGGAAUUUUAACAGUUUCUGUAGGAUUUCAUUUUCACAAAGGGUUUCAUAUUGUCCUGUGUUAGAAACUGAAUGUUCAGAGGAAACUCUUAAAUUCCUUGGUUUAUUUGAACAUGUAUUCAUCAAUGCCAACCUGUCCUAUCCUGUCAGCUAGCUUAUCAGACUGGUGUUGGCUGUCUGUAUAUCAUGGCAACAACAGUCUGUAAGCUGGCUGAAGUUUUGGGUAAAGACCAUCUCAAACGCCAAGUUGUUCUGUUAAAGUUGUGAACUAGAAUGUGUUUUGCUGCUCUUUGACAAUGUUAUUGUGUGUGUUACUCUGAUUUAGCUGUCCUUAAUAAAGUAUUGGCCAGGAUGUAAUAUAAA